AUGUCGCUACCUGACCCAGUAGAGGCGCGGCGAAUCUCGGCCCAAUUGGCGACGCUGGAGCAACAGCGCGCGCGAGGAAGUCUUCCGCAUGAAGAAACGCCACUUCGACUGUACAGAGUGCGCAAUGGAAGCUUCGUGCGCGUGCUGGAUCGACACCCAGAGCCGAUCUCGCAGGACAUGCUGGAUGCUAUUGAUGCGUUUAUUACAAGAAGCACUGAUAGGGACGAGCCUUCGACUUUGGAUGAUGUGGAAAUUGUGCCUCCGUGGGAAGCUGCAACUGCUGCAAAGAUCCCGCAGGAGCUAUUGUCUCGGAAUGAACGCGUAAGUGACUGGCUAGGUAAGUCGAGUGACCUUGUCGACCAUCCGACGUUGUAUGAACAGUGGCCGCCUCAGCUUGAAGAGCGACGUAAAAUGUGGUUUACUCCUCGAAAUGCUAGAAGGAAAGCAAGUGUCAUUGGAGCAACCCAUCAGCCUGUUGUGUACUGGAUGCACAACACUUUACGCGUGAUGCAAGGGAAUUUUGGUCUGGAAGCGGCCAUUUUACUGUCACGAAGACUAUCUGCUCCGUUGGUGGUUGUAUCCUUUAUACCGUCGUCCAUUAUCUACCCAGUCUGUCAUUCGACCACAGCGAGCGAUGCGUACGUGAGAUUUUCGCUGGUGGAGUUGUACCAGCAGUUCUUACACACCGGAGUGCCAUUCUUCGGUGUCACAGCCAAUGAAAAUGAAGUCUUAACAGCUUCUAGCGGCCAGCACACUCCCACACUGAAGCCAAAUCCGUUGUAUGAAGUGCUGGAUGCAUUUGAGCCCCACGUAGUGGUAACAGACGCCAUGUUUGACUCUCCAGGCAGGAAUGAUCUGGUGCGUUUGGCUCGUUAUUUAGAGCUGAAUCGCUCGUCCUGUUCGUGGUCUCUCCUCUCGAUGGACUCUUCAACGUGCUGCCCCGCUUAUCAGCUUUCAAUGAAGCUACAGGGCUCGUUCGAGAGUGGUGCGACUUUCGCUAGCGAAGAGCAAUUUGGAGCUGAGUAUGCGUCGUUUGCUCACUCUCGCCAGGGAACGUAUGAAUUCAGCCCCUUGCCUCGUGUUGCUCAAGAUUCAAUCACAAACCAGCGACGGUCGACGAUGCUGUCCUCAGUCUUGCAGCGACUUCACUUAGAGGAAGUGCAUUGGCUCAUUGUCAAGGCAGAGAACUCGCAAUCCAGCACGCAGAUGCGGAGAUUCAGCGAAGGCGAGGGGCUUCAGAAACUGAGUCAGCUUUUGUCAGGCUCGGAUGGUCAACCAGCUAUUCAAGCUGAAUUACGCGGUGGAGGAGUUCUGAGUUUAUUGCCCUUUAUUCGUCACGGUACACUGUUUGCUGGCUAUGUAUUGCGACGGAUAACUGAAGCCAUCGCUGCAUGUCCAACUCCUACAACUCCACAAGAACGAAAAGCGCUUGCGAUGCGAAAGGUAAGUGCUGGAAGUGUCAUGAGAUCUCGAGCGGUGAACCACUUAGGCAGAGAGCGCGACUAUGUCCUGUAUCUAGCACUAUGGUCUGCUGCUUGUGGCCAUUCGAAUGCUUCAACGCAGUCAGAUAUCACGUCGCUCUCAGUAAGUGAACUCAUUGCAAGUCUGAAGUUGUCAGCACCUCGCACGUCAGCUCUGGAAACAUACCGGAAGCUCUUGCCUCCUUGGACAUUCAGCGCUGCUAGAAUCGGAGACAUUUCUAACACGCAAGUACCAGGGGCUGCUCUCUAUGACCCAUACGAGUUGGAAAGUGCACGGACAAAGGAUCCUUACUGGAACGAGAUCCAAAAAUUUCUAGUGGAACAGCAAUACCUUCACCCGCUCUUGGUCAUGUAUUGGGCUUAUCGGUUGAUGACGUGGAAUGUGUCCAGUCGAGCAGCUAUAGCGACAAUCGAUUCCCUUCUUCGUCAGUGCGCUCUUGGAUCAGACAGAUCUCCUGACGCUGUAUUUGUCGUUUGGAAGCAGCUAUUUCGUCUAGGAUCAAACCAGACCACGACCUACUCAAGUACCGGAACGAAGACUCCGAAUCUUGAUGACCUCCGAGAGUUUCAGCGUAUUCUGGAGAGCGAAAUCGCGUCGCAACCGCAACUGCAACUACGUCCAUGA